UCCUUUUCUCCUUCCUCUGAAAAGCUAGCCAAAAGAGAAGGUUGAGUUUCUUUCAUUGCUCCCAUCUUGCACCAAAUCCGAAAUACCAUUUGAGUUCUGUCAUGUCUAUCCCAAAUGGGGUUCUACUACACUUCGUUUUCUUCUUGUUCUUGGCAUCUUUACUUUCGCCGAAAUGGGUUGUGCAUGGGGAGAGCAACACGAAGAGACCGGAUCCUUUGCGCCACCUAAAGAACUACAAUGGAACUUUCAAUAUUCAAAGCAAGGAUUACUGGGCUUCUGCGGCAUUUACAGGACUCUAUGGGUACAUUAUCGCGGGAGUUUGGUUGCUAUGUGGAAUGGGAUUUGCAAUUUUCCUAACCUUCAAGCAUCCAAACACUGGGAAUUGGCGCAUUAAACACUUUUUGGAUCGUCACUCUAUCCUAAUGUUCUUGUUGGUUCUUCUCUUUACUCUGCUAGCCAUAGUUGCAUCAAGUUCGGCGCUAGCAGUAAAUCACAGCUCUAUGAAAGGAGCGGAGAAAUUGAAGAGGACCAUAUUCAGCCUAGCUGAAAAUGCUAGCCAAACUAUCAGCAAAGUUACAAAAGCAAUGAGAAAAAUGGAAUACAUAUUACUCCCUUAUGAUAAAGGCAUGUCUAUGAGCUUGAAUAAGACAUCCCAUCAACUUGGAAAAGGAUUGCGUUCGAUUCAAACAUUGGUUGACAACAAUAGCCAUACUCUUAACCAGGCAAUUCAAGCCCCAUAUAUCGCUCAUCUUGUGAUUGUAACGAUCAAUUUGGGGGUACUGGUUGUGGCAUUAGUUCUUCUCUUGCUGCAUUGGUACCCAGGAUUCGUAACUAUAAUCAUUCUGUGCUGGAUAUUAACGACUCUGGUGUGGGUCCUGGCUGGUUUAGAUUUCUUCCUUCACAAUUUUGCAGAUGAUUCAUGUUCAGCCCUAGAGGAAUUCGAACGGAAUGAUAACAACAAUACUCUAAGCUCAAUCCUGCCAUGCUUGGAUCCGAAAAACUCAGAUGCUCUGUUGACUGAAAUUGGCUCUACUAUAUAUAAUUUCAUAGAUAAGUUGAAUUCUAAAGUAGUAGAAUUUUCUAGGUUGCUUGGAAUGAAUGAACAAAAUACUGAUUUUGCAUUUCUACGUGUAUGCAAUCCUUUCUCCGGAGGACCUAAAUUCAGCUACGAACCAGAACGUUGCCUAAAUAGUCACAUUACAAUCGAAAAACUAUCAGAUGCCAUUGCAGGAGUAACUUGUUACGAUGACCAGGACAAGGAAGCAUGCAAAAGAAGUGGAAGACUCCUUCCCCAUACCUAUUACAACAUGGCCAGUGCUUACAGCCAAUCCAUCCAAGAAUUUCUGAAACUAUAUCCUACUCUGCAGAGCCUAGCCUACUGCACAUUUGUCAAGGAUGGGAUUUCCGAGGUCGUCAGGUAUCAAUGCAGGCCAAUUAAGCUUGCGUUUCGACUGCUAUGGGCGUCCAUCCUCUCCCUUGCCAUUUUCAUGGUGUUUUUAGUAGUACUUCUGGUGGCAAGAGCUUUACAAGAGAAAGGUAGAGACUUCACUAUAUUUACCAUCACCCUUUCCCCAUAAA